CAGAGAAUUUAUUUCAACAAUGAGUGCAUUUUUCAACUCCCUCAAGAGUCUUGCAACUGGAGCUACUCAUGUUGCUGGCACUACAAAGUAUGGAGAAGCAAGUAAUCAUGAAGGUGGAGAUGUGAAAGUUGAUAUAAAUAUAGCACCUCAACCCAGUGACAAUGGAUUCGCGCAAUGGCUUGAUGCAAUGAAAAUGGUGGCAAGAUCAUCAGAAGGAAUACCUCAUGAAUUUCGUAAAAAAUUAUGGUUGAUACUAGCAGACCGUCAUUUAGAGCAGCGAGGAAUCGAUUGGAAAAAAGCUGAAAAACUUUGUUUUAAUGAAUGGACAAGCCCAGAUGACGAAAAGCUUGGUGUACAAAUUGUAAAGGAUUUGCAUAGAACUGGAUGUAGCUUAUUCUGUGGUGCUGCUGCUCGUGAUAACCAGAUGGUAUUGCGGCGAGUUUUAUUAGGAUAUGCACGUUGGAACAAAUCCGUCGGAUACUGUCAAGGUCUAAAUGUUCUUGCUGCUCUCAUUCUUCAAGUGACUGACAGAACUGAAGUAUCUGCUGUUAAAGUAUUGAUUUAUUUGAUUGAAGGCGUGUUGCCGGAAGAUUAUUUUGCGGAAAAUCUGCGAGGUUUAUCUGUGGAUAUGGCUGUAUUCAGAGAUCUUUUACGCAUAAAGUUACCUAAAUUAUCUAAACAUUUAGAAUCUCUACAAAAUAAUAUAAAAAAUAACACAAAAGGUAGCAGCUACGAACCACCUUUGAUAAACGUGUUUACAAUGCAAUGGUUUCUUACACUUUUCUGUCAUUGCCUACCUCAGCAUACUGUUCUUCGUGUAUGGGACUUAAUAUUUCUAGAAGGAAAUGAAAUCCUUUUAAAAACAGCUUUGGCUAUUUGGGAAGGAAUUUCCGACCGAAUCAUAACUGUUACAUCUACUGAUGAAUUUUAUUGUAUCAUGGGAGUUCUUACGAGAGAAAUGCUGGAGUUUACAGACACAAAUAUUUUAAUCAAGGUCAUGGUGGGCCUUUUUGAUUGCUGCUAAGAACGUUCAAAUUGGUUAUUUCAUUCCAAAAGUAUCGUUGGACAAAAACAGCUCACGAACACACACACACGUCCACGCAUACAUACACAGACGUCCAUUCGAAAAUAGUCAGAAUAGCUUCCUAGGAACUCCAAACGUCGAUAUCGGAUGAAAAAUAGAUUUUUGAAAAUCGGACCGUAUAACAGAGGGGUUAUCCUUGUCAAGUCUGGUCGCACCUAAGUAUUAUAGUCGGAUAUUAGGGUGCCACUGGAAGAUGGACGCGGUCUUCCAGAACCAGAUGUUAUAAUUUUCAUUGUAAAUCAAUCAAGGUCAUUCGUAAAAUAAUUUUGUGAGAAAGAAGAGGAACAGUGAACAAGCUGAAUCAAAUUGUAGAUAAAAGUCAAGAUUAUUCUUUUUGAUUAUAAGCACCUUGCUUGUCCUUUAUUUUUCUUAUGACAGACAAAUAACUUACGACAUACUAGAUUCCUUACGACAAACUAAUGUUCUUUGUGACAAACUAAAUUUUUCGUAUAACAAACUAAAUUUUUCUUAUGACAAAUUAUCGUCCCCUGGACGUUUCCCCACUUCCACAGAUGCUUAAUUCUAUUCAUCGCUCGGAUGCUCCCACACACGUUAAAAGACCAUCCCCUGGACGUUAAUCAAAAUUUAUUUUAGAAACCGUCUCCUGAACGUAAUCUUAACCUAGCUUAAUUUGUCCAUCGGACCUACAUGACAGACACAGUUGCAUUUACUUAACAUUAAGUUUGAAUCUACUUUAAACUUUACUCUUGUUGUAGUUUCAGUAUCACCACUAUCUUUUUCACUUAAUCUUUUAUAUUCUAAAUUUUCAAUGCAAAAAUCUUGGCAUUAAUUUAUUCUAAUUAUAAAUUUAUUACUUAAUUUAAUUCACUGAAUUUUCAUUUAUUAAUUAUUUAAAUUUGUUCAAAUUUAAGUACACUGGAAAAAAGGUUGACGUGGCCCAAGAAAAUUUUUGUCUUCAUUCUUUCAUUCUUGGACUGAAUAAAUGUAUUUUUUUAAUUCGACAACACUUUCUUCGACUAAUGUCAUAAAAAUAUUGUAUCAAGAAUAAUCAAAUUUUGAUUCAAGUUAAAUAUUCUUAAUUUAAGAAUAUAUAUUUUAAAUCGAGUUUAUUUUGUUUCUGACUGUAAAUUGAGAAAAAAUACUUAAUAGCUAAUGCGACUCGAUGAUAACGUGAUAGCAAAUGCAAACAAUUGUAAAUCCACGUAUAAAAACUAGACACGUGGCCGGUAGCGUAUCAGAACGCGUUGUAAUCAAUUUAUAACUAAUUAUACGCGAUCAACAAUUCUUGUUAAUACUCAAUAAUCAGUAGCCUUGAUAUUCUAGCCUAAGUUAUUUUAGCCUAAGUUAAGUGGAAUUAUCCCGAGUCAAAAAAUUGAACUUACAUUUAACUUAUAGAACUUACAUUGAACUUACAUAAGCUUAAUAAACUCAAAUUAAACUUAAAUGACUUAUUGGGCUUGAUUAUCACUUGAAUCGACUUAAAUAAAAAUAUUGACUUAAUUAUAACUUACCUGCAAAAAAGUAAGUCAAAGGAAAUUUAGAUUUACUCCCGAGUCGACAUGUGAAUCGUAAGUCGAACGUUAAGAUCGUCAUCUAGUUCAAUGUUAAAAAAGAUGGACAAAAUUAAUUACCUUCCGAUUUUACGUGGGGGAUUCAAGUGGGUUGAACGAUAAAAAUACUCCCGUUUUUGCAUUAUCUGGUUUGCAGUCUCGAACUUUGGCACAAAUAUUCCCAACAAUCUUACCAACCCCUCACCAUCGGUACUUUUUCCGAUAACUAACUCCGAGGGGGUUUCAGUCCGUUCAAAAAUAAAAAUGCUCGCGUUUUUACACUAUCGGGCUUACGGACUCGAACUUUAGAACAAAUGUUCCCAACAAUACUACGAAUCCCCCACCAUCGGUAUUUUUGCUGAAAAAUAACUCCAAGGAAGGUUUCAGUGGGGUCAAACAUUGAAACACUCGCGUUUUUACACUAUCGGGAUUACAGACUUGAACGUUGGAACAAAUAUUCCCAACAAUCUUACGAACCCCUCUACCAUCGGAACUUUUUACGAUAUUUAAGAUGUAAAUACUCUUGUUUAUUACUUCUUUGAGUCAGUUUUUGAAACAAACAAAUGAACCGAUGGUGAAAAAUUCGAAAGAUCGUUGAUAAUAUUCAUGCUAAAAUAAAAGUAUGUUAGCCAAAUAAUUCAAAUACGCUAAUAUCCAAAUCGCUUACAUCAUUGAAUAGCCGUUCUAAGUUUUCGAAAAAAAUACAUAUCGUAGGGGAUUUCUAAGAUUGUUGAAAAUAUUUAUGCUAAAAGUCAAGUC